AAACUAACCAUGAAGAAAAAUAUUAUCAAUACACAGCACUCUUUUGUAAACAUUCCCAAUGUGAUUGUACCAGAUAUUGAAAAGGAAAUAAGAAGGAUGGAAAAUGGAGCAUGCAGCUCCUUUUCUGAUGAUGAUGACAGUGCCUCUAUGGUUGAAGAAUCAGAGAGUGAAAACCCCCAUGCAAGGCAUUCCUUUAGAAAAAAUUCACACAAAAGGGGACAACCAUCACAGAGGGAUCAGUACCUGCCUGGUGCCAUUGCGCUUUUCAACAUUAACAACAGCAGCAAUAAGGACCAAGAACCAAAAGAAAAAAAGAAAAAGAAAAAAGAAAAGAAGAGCAAGUCAGAUGAUAAGAAUGAAAAUAAAAAGGACCCAGAGAAGAAAAAGAAGAAAGAAAAGGACAAAGAGAAGAAAAAGAAAGAGGAGAAAGGCCAAGAUAAGAAAGGAGAAGAGAAGAAAGAAGUCAUGGUUAUUGAUCCAUCGGGAAACACAUAUUAUAACUGGCUGUUUUGCAUCACCUUACCCGUCAUGUACAACUGGACUAUGGUUAUUGCAAGAGCAUGUUUUGAUGAACUUCAGUCUGAUUACCUAGAAUAUUGGCUCAUUUUUGAUUACUUAUCCGAUGUUAUUUAUCUUCUCGAUAUGUUUGUACGAACAAGGACAGGUUAUUUAGAACAAGGACUGCUGGUGAAGGAAGAGCGUAAACUCAUAGAGAAAUAUAAAUCAAACUUGCAAUUUAAACUUGAUGUUCUAUCAGUGGUACCAACUGAUCUGCUGUAUUUUAAGCUGGGGUGGAACUAUCCAGAAAUUAGAUUAAACAGACUGUUAAGGCUGUCUCGUAUGUUUGAGUUCUUCCAGAGAACAGAAACAAGGACAAACUACCCAAACAUCUUCAGGAUUUCUAACCUUGUUAUGUACAUCAUCAUCAUUAUCCACUGGAAUGCAUGUGUGUACUACUCUAUUUCCAAAGCUAUUGGAUUUGGAAAUGACACAUGGGUCUAUCCUGAUGUUAAUGAUCCUGAAUUUGGCCGUUUGGCUAGAAAAUAUGUGUACAGCCUUUACUGGUCUACACUAACUUUGACCACCAUUGGUGAAACACCACCUCCUGUGAGGGAUUCUGAGUAUGUCUUUGUGGUGGUUGAUUUCUUAAUCGGAGUAUUAAUUUUUGCUACCAUUGUUGGUAACAUAGGUUCUAUGAUUUCCAACAUGAAUGCAGCCAGAGCAGAAUUUCAAGCAAGAAUUGAUGCCAUCAAGCAAUAUAUGCAUUUUCGAAAUGUAAGCAAAGAUAUGGAGAAGAGAGUUAUUAAAUGGUUUGACUAUCUGUGGACCAACAAAAAAACAGUCGAUGAGAGAGAAGUCUUGAAGUAUCUACCUGAUAAACUAAGAGCAGAGAUUGCCAUCAGUGUUCACUUAGACACAUUAAAAAAGGUGCGGAUUUUUGCUGACUGUGAAGCUGGUUUGUUGGUGGAGUUGGUCUUGAAAUUACAACCCCAAGUCUACAGUCCUGGAGAUUACAUUUGCAAGAAAGGGGAUAUUGGACGAGAGAUGUACAUCAUCAAGGAAGGCAAACUCGCUGUGGUGGCAGAUGAUGGAAUCACUCAGUUUGUGGUGUUGAGUGAUGGCAGCUACUUUGGUGAGAUCAGCAUCCUUAACAUUAAAGGCAGCAAAGCUGGCAAUCGAAGAACGGCCAAUAUUAAAAGCAUUGGCUACUCAGAUCUGUUCUGUCUGUCAAAAGAUGACCUCAUGGAAGCUCUAACUGAGUACCCAGAUGCCAAAGGUAUGCUAGAAGAGAAAGGGAAGCAAAUCUUGAUGAAAGAUGGUCUACUGGAUAUAAAUAUUGCAAACGCUGGAAGUGAUCCUAAAGAUCUUGAAGAGAAGGUCACUCGAAUGGAGGGGUCAGUAGACCUCCUGCAAACAAGGUUUGCUCGGAUCCUGGCUGAGUAUGAGUCAAUGCAGCAGAAACUGAAGCAAAGACUAACUAAGGUUGAGACAUUUCUGAAACCACUUAUUGACACAGAGUUUUCAGCUAUUGAAGUAUCUGGAGUUGAAAGUGGGCCCACAGACUCUACACAGGACUGA